AUGAUUGAAAAAUGUUUGCGUGAUUGGGCAAUAGACAAGGUUUUCACAAUUACCGUGGAUAAUGCUAGUUCAAAUGAUGUGGCUACUCAAUACUUGAAAAGGAAAUUGAACAAUGUUAGUGGAACUCUCUUAGAGGGCAAAUAUAUUCACAUGAGAUGUGUUGCACACAUUAUUAAUUUGGUUGUCACGGACGGGUUGAAGGAAGUGAAUGAAUCAAUUACUCGUGUUAGAUCCUCGGUGAAGUAUGUGAGGCAAUCACCGGCUAGAUUGCAUAGGUUUAAAGAAUGUAUAGACUUGGAAAAAAUUCAAUCUAAAUCUUUGUUAAGCAUGGAUUGUAGCACUAGAUGGAAUUCUACCUACUUGAUGUUAGAUGCGGCCCAAAAAUUUGAAAGAGCAUUUGAGAGAUUUGAAGAGAUUGACCACAAUUAUAAGCAUGAGCUUGUGUUGAAUGGUGGCACACCCAAGGAAGAGGAUUGGGGAAAUGUUAGGAAAGUGAGCAAGUUUUUGCAACGUUUCUAUGAAUUCACAUUGAAAGUUUCCGGAACUACAUAUGUGACUAGCAAUGUUUACUUUCCUGAAAUUUGUGAAUUGUAUUGUACUUUGUGUGAUUGGAUUAAGAGUGAUGAUGAACAGUUUAGCGCUAUGGCUAAAAGAAUGAAGGAGAAGUUUGAAAAAUAUUGGGGGAAUGUUGAGAGGAUGAAUAUGAUACUUUAUGUUGCAACUGUUCUUGACCCUAGAAGGAAAUAUGUGUUUGCUGAUUUUUGUUUCAAGAGAAUGUAUUCACCUGAUCAAGCUUCAGUAUUGUCUUCUAACCUUAGAGAUGCGACUAGUAAGUUGUUUGUUGAAUACCAUGGGUUGUUGAAAGUUUCACAAGGUGAGGGUAGCAAUUUUACUCAACCAACGAGUGCCACUAAUGCGGAUGGGUCGAAUAGUGAUAGUCCACUAAACAUUGUAACUGACUUUGAAAAGUAUUUGGUUGAAAUUGGACUUGGGUAG